AGGUUUCAUACAGCAAAGUUAGUCAGAAGGCAAGUUGCACACAUGUUAAUAUUUUCUGUGCAUUUUGUAUUCACUUUGCUCCUUGUGAACUCUUCAAUUUCCCAUUGCAUUGAGAAUUACUUCUUACUUUGCAAAUACUAUCAAAUACAAAUACCACUAAAAGGAUUCAAGUCACAAAAAGGAAGUGACAUUUGACUUAAAACAGGAAGUACAUCUUUCUCUCUUCGACAGAGUCAUUAGUUCAGAGACGUCAGUUGAGGGCGUGAGAGCGAGAGACGCAGAGACACGAUGGUUGAAUUCAGACGGAUUAAUACGACUUUAGUGGUGAUACUGCUGCUUCAGUUUACAGCAGUGACCGGACAGAAUCCCCUCUCCCUCACCGUCGGAGCUGGACAUAAUCUCACUUUGCCUUGUGAACGUGUGAUAAAACCUCAGGACAAAUGUGACAGUACUACCUGGGUCCACAGUCGUGAUGGGAGAACAGCAGAAGAGCUGAUUAUUCAUGGGAAGAUAAACACAAAUGGGAUUUCCAAAGCUAAAGCAGACAGACUGAAUUUGACAGAAGAAUGUUCUCUGGUUAUAAAGAAUAUCACACUUGAGGAUGUUGGUCUUUACUCCUGCAGACAGUUUCCAAAAUCAGGAGGAAAACAACAAGGUGCAGACUUUCAGGUUCUUCUGUCUGUUAUUAUCAUGGCUCAGGAAAAACACAAUGAUACGAUCCUCUUGUUCUGCUCUGUGUUGACAUACAAAGAGUGUAAACACACAGUGAAGUGGGCGUACGAGGGUAAUCAGGAUGACGUGGAGAUAACACCAGCUGCCUGUUCAUCCAGGGUGAUAUUUGCUUCUCAUCUUGAUCAAAAGCUGCUGAAGUGUAACGUGAGAGUUAUUAAGACUGGAGAAACUCUGCUGUGUGAUGCUGGACCCCAGUCCUCGUGUCAGAAAACGGGAAGCACACCAGCAGGGAGAAAUGAUCCCCCAGGACCAGUUCCAGAUUGGUUGAGGUUCAUCAUCGUGUCUGUCGGUUUAGCAUCGCUCAUAAUAAUUGUGGUGACGGUCACGAUAUGGACGAGAGCUAAAGGGAACAGAGCACAGACGGAUGAUAAUGCUGUGCAUAAUGAUGAAGAUGAAGGUGUAGUGACCUAUGAAAACGUUGGAGAACCUUCUGCUUCCAUCAGACUCCACUGAUCAACAAGUUCAACAUCAAAACAAACUCGUAAAGAAACUAGUAACAUAAUAUUAGGUCGUUUCCUAUUUGUUGUCAAAAGUAAGUCUAAAUUGGCUUCAACUUUAAAAACAAACAAUUACGUUUUUUUCAAACUUUAUUGACUUUUCUUUCUCUGGGUUUAAAUGAACUUUAAGUCUCUUAACAAUAAUUGAUGGUUAAAUAAUCUACUAAAGAAAAUUGCCAAAAACUUGACAUAAUCGAGAGUAGUUCCUUAAAUGUUGAAAACCGUCAGUUUAAAGGUCCCAUGUCGUGCUUUGGUUCUCACCCGUCCCCUUGAAGGUGAAGGUUGUUCUGCAUGUGAACGGUCUGCAGAGUCACAAACCCUCAAAGUGCACCCUGUAGCGAGUAACACUCUAACACAGAGAAGACCUGUCUGUGCUGCCCCAGAACGCCUCGGUGGAGAUCUCUCCUUUUCCAUUGUCACACACACACACACACACACACACACACACACACACACA